CGAAACCGGAUCUUUGAUCUGGUUCUCUUCUAUACUCUCCUCUCCAUUUUCGUCCGGUUGCUUCCUGCUUCUCGUCCUUCAACUGCAAGGCAAACUCCUCCCAGAUUCCCCUCCCCCCCACCCAAUCUCCGACGCUGUCGAAACCCUAAGCCCGCCGCCCUCCUCCUCCGUCGCCGGCCUCCGCUUCGGCCUCCUCCAUGGCCGAGAUCCUCAGCCCUACUAGGCACCGGUCCAUAGCCGGCCGGAUCCAGUCCCCGACCAGCCCCUUCUUCCUCGGCUCCAACGACGACGACCUCGAGCGGGCCCAGGCCCGCGCCGCCCGCGCCGCCGCCGUCCGCCGGAAGCUCGCCGCCGCCCCCCGCCCCGCCCCCCACGCCGCCCCGCCAGAUCCCGGCCUCGGGAAGCAGCAGAUUUUCGAGCUGUUCCACAACUGCAUUAAGCUCGCGAGCGAGAACAAAAUCAACCAAAAGAACACGUGGGAGCUGGGAUUGAUAGACCAUCUCUAUGAGAUUAUUAAGGUCGAAGAAGAAAGUGACACGGAGACGAAUUUUCAAAAGGCAAGUUGCACGUUGGAAGCUGGAGUUAAGAUAUACUCGAUGAGAGUUGAUUCUGUGCAUUCAGAGGCCUACAAAGUCCUUGGGGGGAUGAACAGAGCAGGUCAAGACAACGAACAAGAUGGUGUUGUGGAGGAUCCUAGUGUUGAUAGUGGACAAGAAGAGUGUCGUUCAAAGAAAGAUGCGGACAAGAAGAUAUCACCAUUAUCGACACUUGAACCAUCCUUUGAGGCUCUCAAUGUGAAGAAGUUUGAUGUUGCAUUUUUGGUGGAUCCUCUUUACCAUCAGACGUCAGCACAAUUUGAUGAAGGUGGAGCGAAGGGCUUGUUGUUGAAUAAUCUUGGAGUAUAUGGUGGGUGCCGGGUGCUAUUUGACUCUUUGGAAGUACCUGGAAAGUGCAUGGCAGAUAUUCAAAACGAUAAAUUAGACACAGUCGAUCUUUCAUUUGCAAAAGAAUAUAUCGAACAAAUGGUACUGGAAGUGCAAAUGAAGGAUGAAAUUACACCAACCUUAAGGGUAAUAGUUGAUCAAUUUGAUGAAGACAAUAGAAGGCCAACGGAUCAUGUCUUUCAGAAGCCAGAAGAGCAAAAUGAUGCUACAUGUAGCAGCAGCAAUGUGUUCGAUGCUGCUGACACAUUCGAAAACUGUAGUACCUGGGAUCAGGAUGAUGAUUUUGGUGAUACGAGUGUGGUUGUGGAAGACUCAAAUUGUGUGGAUCCAACAGUUCCCAUGCACACUGAGGACAAUGAAUUAUAUUCUUAUCAUGACCCUGAUUCAGAAGACAAGGUAGAGGAAGUAGAAAGCUAUCUUUUCCUCGGUUUGGGUUUUAACACCCAGCACAAUGCUUGGGCCGGUCCUGACCAUUGGAAGUUUCGGAAACCUAAAGGAAAGGAAGAAAAGCAUGCUGUGGAAAGUGGUUCACCAACUACUGCUAAAAAAACUAGAUAUAAGAAACAAGCAGAAGUUGACAUCGACUUUACAAGCUUUCUGGACAAGGAUAUGCCAGAUAUAUUUGCUCCUCCCAAGAAUCCUAAGUCACUGCUGUUGCCCGCAAAUAGAGCUCCAUGUAACGUAAGAUUGCCCGAAGAUUGCCAUUACCAACCAGAGAGUCUUGUGAAAUUAUUUCUCCUACCGAAUGUAACGUGCCUUGGCAGGAAACAGAAAAAACGAUCAGAUGAGCCGCGAGAAUUAUCUGAUGGUUAUGGACCCUCAACCUCUUGGGACCACGAGAGUGUCUUUGACCAACAAUUCGAUGAUGGGAAUAUCCAUAGUGAUGAGGAAGAUGUUGAUACACUUGUUUCUCAGCCCCGCCAGGUAAAUAAAAUCGAAGUUCAGUAUGACAAAACCUCUAAGCAAGUUGAUGUCCAAGCACUGAAAGAGACUCUCUGGGACCAUAUUCUUAAACCUCCCGAAAUGUCUAUUCAGAAGGAUCCAGAAGAAGCCGUGUCUUUCAAGCAGAUCUUGGCCAGUUUUCCAGCUGACUGUAGAGCUGCUGCAAGCAUUGGCGAGAUCUCCCCGCAUUUAUGCUUCAUAUGCUUGUUGCACUUGGCGAACGAACACGGGUUGAGCAUCCAAGGCUCUAUCGACAUGGACGACCUCAGCAUUCGUGUUCCUGGUCACGAUGUGCGUAGAGAAGAUGGUGCCUAGAAACUUAUCAUGCCGUGUGCAAAUGUGUCCUCGUAACUUGACUUUAGAGGUCUAGUCGUGUUUCUUCUGUUGUUGUGGCUAAGUUUCGCUCCCCGUCCCAGGUGUGCAAUUGAAUCGCUGUAGAUCUUUUUUUACGGUCGUAAACAUCAUUGUAACAAUGGAGAGUUUUCUCCCCUCAUGACGACUGGCAUGUGGGAAUGGAACUUCUGAAAUCAUUUAUGUACUUAAAACUCUCAAUUCUGUUCCAAUCAUAGUGGCACAUGCACUGAUUGCCAUUCACUUC